GUCCGCCGGUUCUUCCUUUAUCGUUUCCUCCCUCCCUCCCACCCCGUAUGUACUCUCUUUGAGCAUACGGAAAGCAAAACCGACACGUCGCAGCUAUGGAUCACAUCCACCGGUUCACGUCUGAUCCUGGCAAACCUCCUGCGGACGGGCCCAUGAUAGACGCGGGCGACAUAGAACCUCUCAGCCUUGGAACGACGAGAACCCGUCUCGGCACGAUUCUUGACGAAAUGAAGUACACGGAAGACAGAGAAUUUGAUCGAGUCAGGGAACGAUUACGGACGAUCCUCCACAGGAUGUCACGGGAUGAUAUGCCACUGAACGACCUCCUCAGCUUCUGUGAUCAUGUUCGCAGGCUGGAGGCAGACUACCGGAGUUGCGAGGCUUCGCAGGUCCAACCAGGCGGUUGGGUCAAGAGAAAACACAGGUCGAAAAAGGCCCCGAAACGGCUCUUGAAGACGAUGCAGACCCUCGCAGAGCACUUGGAACAUAUGUUCCCUGAUUCCCUGAAGCUCAACCUGGACGACAGGAAAAGCCUCGGUGACGUCGUGGCCAAAGUUUCGGAGACGGUGGUGGAUUGCAACCCGCCAGCGGAGCGCAUUGCGAAGGCAGCCCAACCCAUCGAGGACGAGAGAGGGGCGAAGACGGUGACUGCCCACAAAGAUCUUGAGCCCGGGGAGCCUCGAGAGAAGUCGGCCGUGUCGGUGGAGGAAAAACCCCAGCUGCGAGAGACUGAAUGGUGGACGACAAGUUCUGAAGCGGCAGAAUCUUCGGAAGAGGAACAUUUGCGAUCGUGGCUCGACGAUUCAACUGACUCGGGGGAGGAGCAAUUGCAAUCGUGGUUCGAUAAUUCAUGUGACUCGGAGACACCGCCCACGACCUGCAAUGCGGCCACCGAGGUUGAGCUUGCACCACUACCUGCAACCAGCGAUGAAGCCGUCGAGGUUGAAUCUCUAGUGCCGCCAACCCGCAAUGAAGAUUUGAGUUCGGGGAUAUAUCGCAGAAUGUUGACGACUGAUGGCGAGUGGAUUAAAGGGAAAACUCAGCUGCAGGGGUAUGAAGAUAUAGAGAAUCACCAAAGACCAGCGACGAAAGCAUACGAUCCGGACAAUUUAGAAAUGGAGGAUGCAGAUAACUACCCGCAGACAUUUUUCGCUGAGGAGGAAAGCACCAUUGGUAGCUUUGCGAAGAUGAAGCUCGAGACUGCUCGCAAAGACCUGCGGACUCGGUUGGGCCGAGAGGGCCGGGAGGUGAUGAUGAUGCCGGAGGAAGAACGAUUGCCUGCAGAGAAUUCGUGCUGUGCAACCAGUUCUGGAGAGACAGCUGGGCUUGGACACACCUUGCUUCCAACGAGGAACGACGAUACCGCCAAGAUUGAAACCCAACUCCAACGCUCCCUGUCAGAUGUAUCGCAGAAACAUAACCAUGAGAGAGUCCAGGGCACGACCAGUCCGGAAUCUAGCGGUGGCGUUUCAAUCGACCGACACGUUUCAUUCAAGAUUGUGGAUCGAAGCAUCGGGAUUGUUGCAGAGGUCAACCUUUCCGACGUCGAAACCCAAAAUCCUCAUCCCCCGUCUUGUGCUCGACGUACAUGGAUUAGAUGUCAGCAUGUGCUGGAAAAAGGACUACCGCUCCCAGUGGCUUGGUGGCCGUUCGAUCCGCCAGAGCUUACAUAUAACGGAGAUUCUGUGGCCCAAUCCCAAAGGAUACCGCUUCAAUUGCCUUUGGAUGCAAUGGCCGAUGCGGUGUCUUCAGAGACGACAUCGGAAGGAUGGUCAUCUUCCGCUACUGGAAUUGCCGGCCAGACUCCUUCCAUUACGAGUGAGUCCGAUGGGAUCUCCAAAGCCGCACAGGAUAAGGAGACUAGGACUUCACCCGAUACUACAAACGUAAACCACGAGUCGCAAUACAUCUUACUGUGCUUUGAUGUCAGUAAGCUUCGGUUGCGGGACGGUUUUCGGCAUGAGUGUCUACUGCGGCAGAUUCAAAUCACGGACCCAACUUCUGAUCGACAAAUCUUUGAUUCGUUUCGGAAAGAAUUCUAUAGCAUCACUGGUAGCAUCAGGCGUUGCAUAUCUUUGAGGAUGCUGGCUCGUAUCGAAUUCGUGAAGAGCAAAUCAUAGUUCUCAUCGACACGCCGGGGGAAUUUCCUAUUAGGGAUUCCGAAAAGGAGAGUAACCCUUAAACUAACCUAUGGUUUAUCUACUACCUAGUUCGAGAUAUCCGACGG